GGAGGAUUUGGGAUCACCCUUCUACAGAAGCUGAGACCUGCUAAUGCGUUCCUGUGAUGGCCUUUCUCGUGUCUCUGUGAACCUAGCCGUAUGGCCUACCUGCCCUUCAUAAGUUGCUCGCUAUUGACUCACCAGCCGCCUUUUUUUUCUCAACCAGUUCUUAGCAGGGAGAAGAUCUGUUCGGUCUUUAUGCGCUUUCGCCUGAGCUACGCAAAUGAAUAAAGGGAUUUGCGUUGAGAGGCGCGCUCCCCAUGUUCGUGUUUUGGAGUUUUUGCGAGAAGGAAUGUUCCGGAGAUCAAUCAUCUUCUUUCUUUUUCUUCUGCUUCACAAAUCUGUUGGGGAUGAGCAGCCUUUUCUUUCCCACCAUCAACACCAGGUGAUUGAAUCUAACACUGUGAGGUCGCUUAAGGAAGAGAAUGCGCAGCACCAUGAAGUGCAUUGCUCUAGAGAAAGGAGCAGGGUUGCACGAGACAUAAUUGAGCAGCAUUCUUUGGUUUGCAUUGUCCAGUAUUUGAUGCCCUUUGUGGAGCAAGAGAAAUAUCUUCUAUCAACUAAUUGCAGGCUUCAUCCUGAUAAUGACAUGUUUAGAGAGCAGGAGCAGCACAAGGUGCAUGUUGACAUCAAUGAGUGGCGCUGUGGCUUCUGUAAGAAGAGAUUUCUUACAGAAGCAUAUCUAGAUCAGCACUUUGAUAACAGACACUCCAACCUUCUGAAUGAUAGCCAAGGUCAUUGCUUGGCAGAUUUAUGUGGGGCAUUACACUGUGACAUGAUGAGCAACUCCAAGCUUCAGAAGACUAAAUGUAAUCCUGCUGCUGCUGCAAAAAACCGCCAUCUUUGUGAGAGUCUAGCAAAUGAUUGUUUUCCUAUAAGUGGGGGUCGCUCAGCCAGUCGGCUUCAUGAAUUUUUUCUGCGGCAAUUCUGUGAUGCUCAUGCAUGCAAUGGGAUGCACAAACCUUUCUCUAGAGGAAGCCGGAAGCAAACGAGUGUUUUCUAUUUGGCCAUAUGCAUAUUGAUUUUGAUACUGCUACCACUGUUCUACGUCAUCGUGUAUCUGUACCAAAGAGAGAUGCGGACACGUGUCCAAGAUUUAAAGCGUGUAUCUCAAAUAGGCCGGAAGACUAAACCCUCUUAAUUGGUUCGUGCUUCAUCAUCCACAACAGUAUCUUCCUCCUUAUCAUAAUGAUUCUCGGUAUAUGAUCCACAGCCACCAGCAUAUCCCUGUCUAUGAUCAUCAUCAUCCCCUGCUCGGUCAUUGAUGGUGUUGAUUAUGAUUAUGAACACGUCCUUGGUGUGGCUGACUGGUUACUUAUAGAUUGUUUUCUUACAUCUUCAAUACUGUCACUUGAUCCUUGAAAAUAUGUGCGAUACCAUUUGCACCUAGUCGAUUGGGUUUUUCAGCAAUCAUUCCUGCAGAAGCGUUUGUCAUUUUUCAAUGCCAUGAUUCCCGACUUGAAUGGCUUCUUUUCUUCUGAAAAGAAAAAGUCCUCUU